AUGGCAAACUUGGACAAAGCAACAGAAAGCUCCUUCUUGGGCACCAUGCGCAAAGUUUAUCAUCCUAUCGGCUUCAAGAAAGGCUACAACUUCGUUCUGUGGUUCAUCUUUGCGGGUGCCCUCAUGGGCUUCACUCUGGCGAGGCUGCAAUACCUCGACUUCUACGGGAUCUUUUGUAGCAUUGGGGACUCCGGAGGCAACCACGCAGCCCCUGGAGAGUGCAUGUACUACCUCCGUGGGCAUGAGAAGGUCGGCAUCAUACUGCAUCUCGCAACGAUACUACCGGCGUCCUUCCUUGUCGUCUUCCAGUUCAUUCCGGCCAUUCGCUACAAGGCUAUGCUUUUUCAUAGGCUGAACGGAUACCUUGUGAUCAUACUUUCUUUCAUCGGGAUAGCGGGCGUGUUCAUGAUUACAAGGCACGCCUUCGGGGGCACUCUAGCAACCCAAUAUGCCACUGGCUUCCUCUCUAUCGCAUUUAUCGGCGCUUUGAUGAUGGCAUACAUCAACAUCAAAAAGCUGCAGAUCGAGCAACACCGGGCCUGGAUGUUAAGGGCAUGGUUUUAUGCUGGCUGUAUCAUCACUAUCCGGAUCGUUCAAAUCAUUGCCGCACAGAUUGUCUCGCAAAUCGGAGGUUAUUACGACGCGCGGCCGUGCGACCAAGUCGAGAAUAUACUCGGCUCUCAAGAGGACUCCAUUGCUGCCUUUCCGGAUUGCGCUCCUUAUUUCAACGGAUCCGAUUUCUCUAAGCAGGUUGCCGUCGAAGCCGAUUUCAAUGGCAACCCAGUCCAGGUGGCUGUGGCUCUGGGAUCAAAUUUCGGCCCGGCAAUGUGGCUGGCAUUCGCAAUACAUGCUAUUGGCGUUGAAAUAUAUCUUAAGCUUACCCCUGCCGAGUCGGAGCGGCUUCGGAACGUUUCUUACCAAAGACAGCUCGAGGCAGGAAUGAAGAAUCCAGGAAGAGCCGGGUUAACGGUAGACCGCUUUGGUGAUUCAGAGAAAUGGGUCCCCAAGGGUUACCGAAGCGAGAGCGACGCAAAUGUCCAGGCCACUGCCCAGAAACUUUCUGAUCCAAACGUUGAUGCUUGA